ACAGAUGUUCUUCAUCCCUCUAUCUGGGUUUAUUUAACGCCAUGGACCUGCAGCCCACCCGCCGCUGCUCGCCCCGCGGCAUCAUGGGAGCUGGAGUCCCGGGGGGCCACAGCUGAUCAGCUGAGGAUUGUGGGUCAGCAGAGUUGGAGAUGUGAGGCGGUGGGCGAACGGCGUGGAAACACAUCCAUCCUUUUCUCUCUGCAGCUUCCUGUCCACCGCCGAGCAACGAUGGGCUGCAGGCUGAGCCGCAAGGGUAAAACUCACGAACCGCCCCGCCACCGGCGCCGGGAGGAGCUGCACUUUGUGGACGAGUAUGGCCAGCCAAUCACAGUGCAGGUGGACAGCAAGAGGGGGCGUGGUCACAGGAGGCGGCGGUCCCACUGCGCCAUCGAGUGCAGCGUCCCAUCAGAGAGGCACUGGGAGGCGCUGAGGGCCCUGGGCCUGGUGGAGGGGGACGAGGGCCAGCCGGACGUCUAUGGCGCCGGGAGCUACUAUGGUCACAUGACUGUGACCCCUGACCCUUACCCAGCCAACAGCCACAUGAUCUCACCUGAUGUCUAUCCACCCAAUGGCUACCUCCCCACAGCAUCAAAUGAUCAACACCCCGGUAACAACUACCUGCCCAGUGUCUCGUACAGCUUGGACCACCUGGACCGACUGGACUACCAGGGUCCGGAGAUGUUGCCCUACCAGCCAAACUCAGAGAGCUGUCUGAUCGGCUGCUAUAGCUCAGAAGAAGGGAAGCCGAGGAGUUUCCCCAGACAGGUACAUGAGUCUGACUACCGACCUCCUUGGAGGCCGGACCGCCCUCUCAGCUACCUGCCCCUCAGCGAGCUUGACAGCGGGUUGGGAUGUGGUCCUGAGCCCGCACCACAGGGUGGCGCUCUCAGAAGCUGAGACAGAUGCUAUGUCAUCCUUACCAGGCCACACCCCUUCCUCUCAAGGCUCCUCCUCAUCCUCGGAGUCCCUGAUCUCAUCCGAA